CAAUGCAGUGAGUCUACCUAACAGUACUGUAGGUCGAAACACAACGACACAGCGGUGCUGCUGGGGUUGUUUAUGGCUGCCGACUCGUUGCGGGCGUUUGACAAUUUGACACAUCGAAGAAAAUAUUUCGCAUUAGCGGGAGGUGUCGAAAGGUAAUCACAAUCUUCAUUUCGGUAGGGGACGUAAGUAAGACCGUGUGGCACCACUGGGCACGCGGCUAACUUUUAAGCGUUCAAGGCGUAGAGGGAAUUUGAACUUCAUCGACCGCGAGUGAAAAUACUCAGCAGCAAAAGCGGCCUGUGAACACUCAUUUUCUUUUUCCUCUUGUGUGAAGAGCCACACGGCUUACAUGGAGCUACUACUUUUUUCGCCUUGGAUCUCGAUCGUGGAGGAAUCUGUAGUACAGUAUCCACCAAAGUCGGCUAUGCUAACAAGCAAGGCAAGCUAGGUGCCUGUUAGCUACAGUGGUCGUACAUUCACGCCUCUCGCCAACUUUACCGCUGGAAUGCAAUUGGAUUUGUAGGGUAUAGGUCGCUAUUUUAUAACUAUUUAAACGAAAUUACGCACCGAGAAAAUCCACGACCAUUUUUUUCCACACCCGAGUGACUUGUUGGCUGCUCUAAAGGGGCUAUGUGGAGUUUGGUUAUUUUUGUUUGCCUGUCGGAGAUAGUUUCCAGAAAACAGCAACCUGAACAUAAGAUGCCGCGUCCUCAACACCGACACAGAAUGUCGGAACACGCUGAGUAAGGUCGCAGUUUUUUGACAGGAGGCGAGCGUCAAGUUGCGCAGGUUGCUCCACAUUUUUGUGCGGAUGCGAACCCUUGGGGGGAGGGGGGAGAAACACUGAGGAGAAGACCUUGUUUUUGCGAAUCUGAUAAGGAGCGCUACGCCGGUCGUCCUCAGGCUGUUGUCGCCACCCGCAUCAAAAUGUCGGCCAUCUCUGCAUCAGAGAAAGUGGACGGAUUUACGAGAAAGUCUGUUAGGAAGGCGCAGAAACAGAGAAAAUCUCCAAGCUCGUCUCAAUACAGGACUCAGAUCGCCCCGGUGGAGCUUUCGACGCUGCCUCAGCUCAAAGACGCUCCCUCCACUGAGCAGCAGGAACUUUUCACCCAGAAACUCCAGCAGUGCUGCAUGCUCUUUGACUUCUUGGACUCUGUGACGGAUCUGAAGAGCAAGGAGAUCAAGAGAGCCACACUGAAUGAGCUGGUGGACUAUGUGUCCACCAACAGAGGAGUGCUUGUUGAAUCUGCAUACCCAGAGAUCACCACUAUGAUAAGCACAAACAUAUUCCGUACACUUGCACCAAGUGACAACCCAGAUUUUGACCCGGAGGAGGAUGAACCCACUCUAGAAGCUUCAUGGCCUCAUAUCCAACUCGUCUAUGAGUUUCUACUGCGUUUUCUUGAGAAUCCGGACUUCCAGCCCAGUAUUGCGAAACGCUACAUUGAUCAGAAAUUUGUACUCCAGCUUCUUGAACUGUUUGACAGUGAGGAUCCAAGGGAGAGGGACUUCCUGAAGACUAUCCUGCAUCGGAUUUAUGGAAAGUUCCUCGGGUUACGAGCCUUCAUCAGGAAGCAGAUUAACAACAUCUUCUUGCGGUUCAUCUAUGAGACUGAACAUUUCAACGGAGUUGCUGAGCUCCUAGAAAUUCUGGGAAGCAUCAUCAAUGGGUUUGCGCUGCCUUUGAAGGCAGAACACAAACAGUUCCUAAUGAAGGUGCUCAUCCCAUUACACACAGCGAAGGGACUGGCCCUCUUUCAUGCUCAGUUGGCAUACUGCGUGGUCCAGUUCCUGGAAAAGGAUCCAACACUAACUGAACCGGUGAUCCGAGGCUUGCUGAAGUUUUGGCCGAAGACCUGCAGCCAGAAAGAGGUGAUGUUCCUGGGUGAGAUUGAGGAGAUUUUGGAUGUCAUUGAGCCUACGCAGUUCAAGAAAAUCCAAGAACCAUUGUUCAAGCAGAUCUCCAAAUGUGUGGCCAAUCCCCACUUUCAGGUAGCGGAGCGCGCACUGUACUUCUGGAAUAAUGAGUACAUUCUCAGUCUCAUCGAGGAGAACAUCGACAAGGUCCUCCCCAUCAUGUUCUGUAGCCUGUACAGAAUCUCCAAAGAGCACUGGAACCCGACCAUCGUAGCUCUCGUCUACAAUGUGCUGAAGACGCUGAUGGAGAUGAACUGUACACUCUUUGAUGAGUUGACCUCCUCCUAUAAAUCUGACCGGCAAAGGGAAAAGAAGAAGGAGCAGGAGCGUGACGAGCUGUGGAGGAAGCUGGACGAGUUGAGGCUCAGCAACAGCACUCUAGAACAGAACAACAGCCACAAGCUCAUAAGUGUCCAGAACAACAACAAGAGUAGCAAUAAUAAUAACCAGGACAGGGCCGCUUACGCUGCAAACGUAGGUCAUGGCAGCCAGUGAGAGCAACCCACGUGCCAAAAGAUACUCUGUGUUAGCCUUUAACACUUGGCUUUAAUGGAUUGACGCCGCGUGCACGACUUGUCGGGAAAGAAUGAACAAAGAUGGGAAAAAGACAAACGACACCUCAGCAUUCUGUGCCUCACAGAAAAGAUUUGAUGUUACCGCCAGUAUAUUGUUGAGUUGUCUGCUCUUGUUGUAUUCAGUGUACAUGUUCCAUGGUCAUGUGGGAGAGAAAAAUAUGACUUGAUUUCAGCAUCUCAGAUUGUUUCUGCGACCAGCUGAAUCGCUCAACAAAGAUGUCUAUUUUGUACUGUCGUCGCUGCCAACACUUGUGUGCUGACUUUAGGGGGGCAGGCAAAGGCAUUGUGGGAGUAUUGAGGCAGGCGGGACCACACCCACCCGAAGACAUGCUGAAAUGUACACAAAAGAGCCUCCAUUAGUGAUAUAGAUUGAAUAAUCAUUAUCAAUAUACCAAUCAAAUAUGUCUAUGACUUGGUCUAGUGGGGGUUUUUGGAGUUAAAUAUUGUUCUUCACAGUUAGUUUUACAUUUCAGGUGUGUGUGUGUGUGUGUGUGUGUGUGUGUGUGUGUGUGUGUGUGUAUGUAUAUAUAUAUAUAUAUAUGUGUGUGUGUGUAUAUUUAUAUAUAUAUAUAUAUAUAUAUAUAUAUAUAUAUAUAUAUGUGUGUGUGUGUGUAUAUGUGUGGGAGAAACCAUGUGAGCAGCACAGCAGCUUUUGCUAUGAGUAUUUCCACUGUUGUAUUGACACAGGGCUUUUAAUUUACACCUUUUAUCCUGGGUUAGGAAUUCAACUCAUAGUUGCUUGAUCAUGUUGGGAUACUGAGAUGCUGCCGUCAUGUCUUUCAGUUAAAUAUAAAAUACUGCAAAUAGCCGGUCGCAUAAAGCCUGGAAACCAGUACAAAAUCCACAAUGCAUCUGUUUUGUUUAAAAAUAUACUAAAUUGUCUGCGCCCGUUUUUUAUUUUUUAUUUUUUAUUUUUUUUAAGAAAAACAAGUUUCCCUGUAUCCAGUCUUUAUUCAAAGAUGUUCAGCAUACAACUGUGGGAUGUAUUUCUGUCAUGUCUAACUACAGGCAGGGAAACAAAGUAUUUUUAUUUUAUUUUGAAUUAUAUCUGUAAAAAAAAAAAUAUAUAGAAGCAAAAAUAAGACAUACAGUACUAUAUUUUUCCAAAAUGUUUUUGUUUUUGGCAGUUCAUUUAGAAAAUGGACUUAGCUGGGACGCCAGGCAGGGAUGAUUGUACAGUAUAUUUGUCGAGUGGUUAUAUUUGUAUUAGGGAUGCACCAAUACCACUUUUUUUUCAGACAGAAUACAAGGACAUAUAUUUGAGUACUCACUGAUACUGAGUAUCAGUACUUGAUUAUGCUAUCACAUCUUUCAAGUGUGAUGAACGGUAUUUCAGUUUUUAAGUAGAACUGGCACGACAACUAAAGUGAUUGGUUAUCGCGACGUUGUUUACUUUUCUUUACUCCGGACUGUUUUAAAGUGAGGGACAUAUUAUUUUUAUUGAUAUUUUAUUGAUCUGCUGUAGUCCUGUUAUGUUUUAAUGAGUCAUUCACAGUUUGACUGUACAGGUCUGACUCAAUUUAAACUUGCAUGGCUUAAUCUUAGAGACAGGCAUAUGCUUAGAGGGCCAAGUGAGUGCAGCGGCUGACAUGCCACAGGGCUUCGCUCACAGGCCCGGCUUCCUCCAUAUCAGCUUUGUGACGGGCUCGCGGAACAGUGUGCUGCCUUCAUUGUAGACAGCGCAGCAGAGUACAUCAUCCAUUUUCCGGAGCAUAAUUUGCAGUAUGCUUUAAUGUUAUCUUGUUGACCUAAAAGUAUCUCCACACUGUUGACAUGACUCCUACCCCACCUGCCUGCAAGAGAGUCGUCAGGCUGAUAAAGUGGUAUCGGUAUCGUAGUGUCAGCAUUUUUACAAGUACAAGUACAGAUGUAUGGUAUCUGCUUAAGUACUGGCAUUGGUGCAUCCCUAAUUUUUAUGCUAGUUUGGAGGUGACUUAAAGGACAAUGCCACUAUAUAAAGGGGACCUAUGGGUUAUAUGACAUUGUUGGUUCAGUUUUAAAUGUAGUUGCAAAUUGUUGAUGUAAAUGUACAGUAACAUAACAUACAGGUCCUACCUGUAAGAUAAACGUUUUUUAUUAUACUGUCACGUCCAUAUGGUGAUAGUUUGUCAUGUGGUUGACAAUUUUAGUAGAGAAAUGUAAGAGUUUCUGCCCCCAUUCCCUGCAGGCUCCUGGAAGAUGGCCAAUCAGAUGAAAGUGGGCUUUUUGGGGAGGGAAGGCCUUGAAUAAUACUCGACUAAAUCUGCUUCUUUCCCCUCACAGAAAGAAGGUGUGUGUGUGUAUAUGUAUAUAUAUAUAUAUAUAUAUAUAUAUAUACACACACAUACAUACAAAUGCACACUAUAUUCUACAGUAUAUUAAGAGGUAUAAGAUUCAAUAGUAAUGCACUGCUGGAACUGUUCAAUCUUCACUGUGGUGCUGUCAUUGUGCAGGAACAGGAACUUGUAUAUAAAAAAAAAAAAGAAAAAAAAGUCUGACUAAAGCAUUUUCCA